CGGAGCUGUUUCGCCUUUUGAUGAAGUUAUUGGUUACCUGGAGGACAUAAUAAUGAGUAUAAGUUUUAUUUCUACCUAUCGGAAGGUAACGAGUUCCAGGAAAUCCAGGAGCAGUUUAUUGAGAAUAACUGCUACGCAUUUGAGGAUUCGGAUGAGAAUAAGUUGUGCUAUACCUCAAUUCACGAAGAAUACGUAUGAAUCACCUUCCUCUAUCAACAACGCCGCAGGUAGAUACCGUUGAAAAAUUCUUGGAGGAGCAGUUGAGAUUGCGGAUCCCUUCGUUUAAUAUGGGAGAUUUCCUUGACCGUAUGAGUGAGAACAAAGGCGACCUCGAUGGAGAGAUAUUCGAAAUGCUGUAUACCUUCACAGAUUUCGUGUCAUUUAAAGAAAUGAUGUUAGAUUACAAAAAAGCGAAGACGGGAGCAACUGUCAAUUUGGAACUCAUCAAUACCUACGUUAGUUGUCCAUCCGAUCAGGAGAGCCCAAUGCUUCUUUUGAGAAAUGGAUCCAAUCUGACGAAGCCUGUUCUUGAAAGACCAUCUUCUAGGGGAGAAACGGCUGAAGGCGUACUUGGUACAACUCAAUCUGUAGAUACACAGCUUUCUGUGCUGACGCUUGACAUAAAUCCGAGAUCUUCUUCACCAACCUGAAUGAAGGCAUUUGUUUUGUCUCUCUCUGAAUAGUCCGCUUCGGCUGACUGGAAUUCCGGUUCAUGAUAUUAAACCGAGUUUUCGAACGUCUGUGCAAAAUUUUUCCCUUGCUGAUGACUGCUGGAUCCAGUAGUUUCCGGAGAAUCGACUUACGGCAUGACUAAUCGUUCCGUUUUUCCCUUGUUUUAACACAAUCAAUCCAUGCAUUACAAAACGUAUACAUUGAAUAUUCUGUUGUGCGCUGUCUGCAAGUUCUUGACCUUACGUACCAACCACUCAAACGCACAACAAACCUUCUCCUUACGAGGUUCUACUCAUUCUGUGAUCCUCCCCGUCAUUCAGUUUUUCAACUUUUCUGGCGGGUACAAAACACGCAUUUAAAUUAAAAUAGGUACUUCACUCACAGUUUGUUCACGGAUGGCAAUUAUGUUACACUGUUGCGCUC